AGUCCAGUGUGCUGCCUCUUAUACUCUUGCUGAUGUCUAACAGCUACUCUGAACAUACUUCAGGAUGAAAUUCCUUUGGAUCCUUGGCAUCUUCCUCAACCUACAUCUCACACAAGCCAAUGAGGUGGUAGAAACCGGCCCGCCAACCGGUACUGUCCUACAGGAGACCCCUGGGCUCUUAAUCACCCAUUGCCAAGUCUACACCCAAAGCAUAUACGUUUAUUUAGACCCUUGGGAUGUGUAUCGCAAACACAUCCAAUUACCUCCACAGAUGAUGGACGGGAGGGUAAGCGGAACCCAAACCCAGGACACAGCUGAACAUGCCAAAUUGACAACUGUCCACAUCCUAGAACAACUGCAGAAAUUCCUAGUCACAGAGGAAGAACUCAGUGGGAAUAAACGACCAAAGCGGUUCCUCUGUGGUCUGCUAGUAGCAGCAUCGGCCUUUCGGCUGCCAACUCCUUCAGUCUCGGUACACUCCAAAGACAAAUGGGUGAACUUAAUGAGGAAAUGCCAGAAAUCCAAGAGAAACUCCUGUUACAACAAGAACAGUUACAGGAUCUGGGUAAAACCCUACAGGGUACCAUACUCACUGUAAACAUGCACUCAGCAAUUCUAAAUAACACUUUGCAUGCUCUGGAUGCCCUGUCAAAAGUUGUGAGAUCAGAUAUAACAUAUGUGCGAAUGGUAAGAGAUCUAAUGCAUGACCUUGUAAGGGAAAUUAGCACGUCAGUUAACAGCCUGAGUGGGGGAAAGAUCCCAUCCUACCUAGUUCCCCUAAACAUGGUUGAACAAAUCCUUAGAUCGGCCACUACCACCAUUGUGCAAACUUCUCAGAUACAUCUGGCAUACAGCCUUGGCAGUGCAAUCCCCAUCCAUGUAAAUCCUCAGAACCUAGAGAGAGGAUUUAUCCUUAAAUUACCCAUUAUAGAGAAACAGAACAUUUACCGACUGAAAUCCAUAUUGAACGUUGGGUUUUGGAAGAAUAAUGUACAUGUACAUAUCAAAACACCACCGGUGCUUGCCUACCACGAUGAUGACCCCUCUCUCUACCUUAUUCCCAAUCUGAACAUGUGUACGAACACCAAGGACAUACAUUGGGUUUGCCCCAGCAACCCCUUUAUCAGAGAUAUAACCGACCACCUGUGCAGUCUGAGGGCUGACACCCCAGAGCAAAAAUACCAUGCUAGUGUGUCUCUUAAAGAUGAAGGGACAGAAUCAAGGGUAGAAAGAGCUGGUAGUCGAUGGCUUGUCAGUACCCCUGCCACCGAGAUCCUAAUGUCAUAUGACUGUCAUGAGACAAAUACUAAAUUAACAAUCCCAAACCAAACGGUGUUCUUGAAGGUCCCACAAGGGGCCACGGUACAUAUAGCCGACAUUGUCCUCCACCAUCUCAGUCCAGAGAGACACGAUUCAGAGAUUGAGAUGAUGGACGCAUUCAGAGGCCACAACCUCACUAUUGAUGACACCCUUCAACAACAGCUUCUAGCUGAAGGGACCAAAUUAGUAAAGUUCAGUCUCAAAUCGACAGGGGUCACGACUAAAUUUUUCAAUCGUAUAGGAAAAUUAUCGGCUUAUCAAGAACACCCCAUCAGUUUGACUGCCCUUGGGCUCCUCCUUAACGGUUGGAUCAUCAUGGCAGUUAUCGCAUAUGCCAUGCACAGACACAUCCAAACACUACACACUAGACUGGAUGCAAUGACACUGAUUCCACAGCGUUUCAAGCUCCUGUCUACCUCUCUACCACUAACUGCUCCUAACUCUGCCCAGGAACAGUUAUACUAACUGUAACAAUCUUUCCCAUUUUCUUUUUCAUAAUCAUUGAAAACUCAGGGAUAACAAAGGGUUGUUGCAAUGUUUGAUGUGUUUUACCAGUGUGAAGUGCUGUUUUGAUAGAAAUUAUGUUAGCUAGCCUAGUUAGAAUUCAUCUGCCCAGAUGUUACCUACUAUGACUGCCCAGGUAUCAAAAGCCUUUAUGAACUGUUAAUGUUUCCAGGAACUAAGCUCAUGCAAACCCAGGACACAUGGGCUGUACAACUUUCGGGUUGCUCUCAAGGACUGAACUUUUCAACUUUUGGGUUGCUCUCAUAGACUGUGGCAGGAACCCCAACCUUAAGAGCAAAGGGGGGAGGUGUAGGGCCUUGGCCCACUUAAAAUGGCAGCAGAGACCGCAUGGCCCUUUGUUCUAUAAUCAAAGGAGAGACAUUGAACUCAGUUUCCCAGGAUCCUUCAUAAAUUCACAACUGGAUGCGAAGUCCCGCCCAUGGACCCAGUCUCAAACGCCAUUGGUCGAAAGCGGCCUACGACCGAUGACAUCAUCUUGUCAAGAAAACCAGCGGACAGAUGAAGUUCGGCCUCACUGUGCUAAGCUCUGCCUGGCUGUUAAGGGACAUCUGUACUGUGCACGUACUGAAGGAGUUUUUUUUGGACUGAGAACAAAGAGACCACGUUUUUCUAACCUCACCAUUUGGCCACGGUAGAGUAAGAUUAACUUAGCUUUGUUCAAGUCUUAUAGUAUACUUAUAACAACCGGUUCAGUUUCACUGUUAAGCAACAAGUGAAUUUAUUUUGAAAAACGGAAAGGCGACCAGUUUCCCUUCUCCCUCAUUUUCAUUCAACGUUGACUACUUUCUGCAUUCUUCUCCAUCACUGGAUCCGAAGAAUAAAGCAGAGACGCGUCUUUUCACUGACGAGUGUAAGACAAGGGACCAUCCAGACUGUUUCUCCUGACCGCUCAAUGCAACAGGAAUUCCAACGGACAACCCUACUGAAAUCACACAGGAUUUCCCAAGUAAGGCUUGAUAUCUGGGCAGAUUUAGUUUAGAAACUGUGAUUUUUCUUGUGAAACUAAAUCGUAUUUUUAAUUCUAAAUGCUGAUGUUUUGAGUAUAUUUGUAUGUUAAACUCUGCUCGCUGUUUCGAGUUGGGAGAUUUGUAUUUAGUUUUCUUUUGGGGUUACGUUUGUUUUGUUUAGUGAUCUGAACUAGUAAUUCAGUCCCGCUGUUACGAGUGGUUACCCUUAAUUAAACUGCAUGCACUUUUCCUCUCUCUCUCGCUCUCAUUCUCUCUCUCUCACUGAUAUUCAUUGAGUGAGCGGUGCCGCGUUUUAUGUUCGACUCAGGCUGGUGAACCAAAUUCUCCCGCCUGUUGCGUCAGUUCCUUUGUGUGUCCGCUCAUUUCCACCCUCACAUGGUAUCAGCUCCAUUUUGGAUCUAACCCUUUAUUUUGAACCUGAUCCUCCAUUUUGAUUCCUUUGUUACCGCAUCUGGACACACACACACACACACACACACACACACACACACACACACACACACACACACACACACACACACACACACAC